CAGUAUAUAGAUUAUUCUGAGGAAUUUCUAGCGAAAAAAAGAAAGAAUGAUCUAUUCAAAGAAUUUUACUCGAUACUUUCGAGAGAGAGAGAGAAAGAUCUCCUUUUAUUCUUAUAUGUUUUCUCUUCUAGUUACUAUUCCUGUUAAUGCUACAUGGGCACAGAACGGAGUGACUAUUGCUCGAGGUAACGGGCAAGGGGGUGCCACUAAUCAACUCAAUCAGCCUCGAGGUCUCUUCGUUGAUGAUGAUCAAACAGUGGUUAUUGCUGACUGCUACAAUCAUCGUAUCAUGCAAUGGAAGAACGGUGAUACAACGAAUGAACAAGUUGUUGCUGGUGGCAACGGGCAAGGAAGUGGAUUAAAUCAAUUGAAUAAUCCAACAGAUGUAUUAAUUGACAAAGAGACGGAUAGUCUCAUUAUUUGCGAUCGAGAGUAUGGACGAGUUGUACGAUGGUCUCGUCGUAGUGGUACAACACAAGGUGAAAUACUCAUCUACGACAUCUAUUGUUUUGGAGUAGCAAUGGAUGAGCAGAGAUAUCUCUAUGUUUCUGACACCCAAAAACAUGAAGU